GUGUAUUUGGUUAACAGACAUAUCUAUCGCUCAGAGCCUCCGUUUCCUUAUCUGUAAAAUGGGUGGCUCCAGGGCCGCAGGAAGUGGAGAGGGGCAGGGCCGAAGUCCUAGAUUCCGCUCUGGUGGUUGGGCUUUGGAGUCCGGGAGGACUUUGUGACCGCCUGCAGGGACGGAAAGGACCGGGGAGUGGAAAGACAUCGGCCAGGCCAAGGGGCCACCCAGGAUCCCCCAGUGGGGGACCAGGGGGGCCAUCUUUGAACGCUUAUUCCCUGAGCACUUCCUGUGCUCUCCCCAUAAACUUGUCAGGCUCUCCGUCACCUCCGGACCUUUGCGUUGGCUGUUUCGUCCACCAGGAAUGCCCUUUUCCCCAGCUCUUACACUACCUGCUGAGCCCUCAGAUAACCUUCCAAUGUAAUCACAUUGUAUGUACCCCUCCCAGACGGAGCCCUGGCUCCAAGCCUCAGCUCCAGGGCACUGGGGAGCAUCUUGUAACCAGGUCUGUCUUCUUCCUAGGCUGGGGGAGACUCUGGGAAAGCUGGGAAAGGGCAGGGUCAAGGUCAAGGUGGGACCCGAGAGCCGUCGGAACCUAUCCCAGGUCCAGAGAUCAUGGGGCCUAGUGGGUCGGAAUAAGUGGGCUCUGAAGCUAGAUGCUUUUCGUUGGAAUUCCAGCUCCGCCGUUUUCUUGCAUUGAGUCCUUGGCCUCAGUCUUCUCGUCUGUAAAGUAGGAUUAAGAACAGUGCUGCCUACCUCAGGACUCAUAAAGAUGAACUUGGGUAACCUGCAUCUGCCCGCAAGGCAUGUGUUAUUAUUUUUGUUAUCAGUGAUGCUAUGUUCACUGUCCCCCCCACCCAGCUCCUCUGACCCAUGGAUCCACCUGGCUGGGCCAAGAUCAAAUGUCCCUGGCACCACUGUGCCCCCAGGCUGUUGCUGCAGCUGCUUUUGGCUCCGUGCUUCUUCUCCUACCUGCGUGUGUCCCGAGACAAGCCCACGUGGGUUCCUGAAUUGGGGGCCCCCUCCCAGGCCACUGCAAGGCCCUCCACCCGCCCGCCUCUGCGUCUCCUGCUGUGGGCGCGGCCACUCCACACCCCGGUGGCUCUGUCCCGCUGCUCGGAGAUGUGGCCCGGCACAGCCAGCUGCCACCUGACCGUCAACCGCAGCGAGUAUCCUUGGGCGGAUGCGGUCCUUGGGCAUCCCCGAAAGGUCAGCUCCAGGCCCAAGGCACGGCUCACGCCUUCCCCGCGGCCCCCCAGCCAGCGCUGGGUCUGGUUCAGCAUGGAAUCGCCCAGCAACUGCCCCAGACGGAAGGCCCUGGACGGAUGCUUCAUCCUUACUGUGUCCUCCCGCCAGGACUCAGAUACCUUCACGCCGUACGGCUAGCUCGAGCCAUGGCCUGGCCAGCCCGUGGGCACGCUGGUGAACAUCUCGGCCAGGACCAAGAUGGUGGCCUGGGUGGUGGCCAGCUGGAGGGCGGACUCGGUCAGGGUGCAGUCCUAUCAGAAGCUGCAGCCUCACCUCCAAAUGGAUGUGUAUGGACGCUCCCACAUGACACUGCCCCAGGAGGUCAUGACCGUGAGGCUGUCCCAGUACCAGUUUUACCUGGCUUUCAAGAACUCCUCGCACCCUGACUAUGUCACAGAGAAGCUGUGGGAGAGCGCCCUGCAGGCCUGGGCCGUGCCAGUGGUGCUGGGCCCCAGCAGGAGGAACUAUGAACAGUUCCUGCCACCCGAAGCCUUUAUCCCACAUCGAAGACUUUCAGAGCCUUGGUCCAGUAUCUGCUGGAUCAAGGACCACACCUGCUACCCGAGCUGCGUCCGCUGGCGGGAGACGCCGCGGCUCAGAUCCUUCAGCUGGGCCUCGAUGUUCCGUAAGGCCUACUGGCGGCUGCAGCAGGAUCCCAACUACCAGGCGUUGCCCAGUAUCAUGUCUUGGUUCACGCGAGCCAGCCAGCCUGGGGCCUGGGCUGCUGGGCAUCUGGGGGCCUUGGUGGCUGGAGCUCUCCGUUACCUGGGGCUUCCGCUACCGGGCAGCUCUGCCGCCAGGAAUGUUGCUUCCGUGGGACCUCGCCUGCUAGGAGCUUCACCUGCUGGGGGCGGGGGGGGGGGUCACCCACCAGGGGCUGUGGCUGCUGGGCACUCACCAAGACACUCACCCCCUGGGGAACUGGCCUUGGUGUCCCGCCCACUGGUGACGGCUCUGGUGGCUUGGCUUGUGAGUACUGCUGCUUUGUCAAUGAACCGCCUCGGGGGUUAUGCAGGUUGGCAAUACUGACACCAUUUUCCAGAUGGGAAUGCUCUGAGGAAAACUGGUGUGUCCUCCCUUACUCCAGAUCAGCGGUUUUCACUCCAGGACGAUUCUGCUCCCAGGGGACGCUUGGAGUGUCUGGGGACAUCUGUGGUCGUCACAGCCUGGGGGUGGGCUGAUAGCAUCCAGUGGGAGGGGGCCAGAAAUGCUGCUCGACAGCCUACAGCACCCGGGAGACUGGGGCGCAGAGGGGGUGGGACUGGGGGCGGGGCUGUCUGGGGGUCCACGUGGGGCAGGGCUGGGACAAGGGGACGUUCUACACCCAGCGCAAGGAUAGAGGAGGGGCAGGAACUGCCCCCAAAGGAGGGCAAGGGGAGAGGGUGUG